AUGCAGUCGCUCAAUUUCACUGCCAACUCUGGUUUCCUCCGAAAUCCCCAUCUAGCUAUCAAGAAUUACAAGCCCGCCGGGCGGAUCUCUGCCGUCAAGGGUUCCUACGAUUACUACCAUUACAAGCAGCAGGGGAUUGACGAUAAUGGAUGGGGUUGUGCAUACAGAAGCCUGCAAACUAUUUGGAAUGCGGUCGGAAUCGAUUGCUCUUAUAUCGCCCAAUUCAACGAUAUUUCGGAGAAGGCGCGUGAGCUGCAGGUCCAUUUCGACACCGUCGGAUCGCCAGUGAUGAUCGGUGGUAACAUGUUGGCCCACACGAUUCUUGGCGUCGACUUUGACGACACCACUGGAGAAUGCCGCUUCCUCGUGCUAGAUCCUCACUAUGUAGGCGUCGACGAUGUGCAUGUUGUGACGAACAAAGGCUGGUGCGCGUGGAAGUUCCCGUCGUUCUGGAAGAACGGGGUCGACGCCGGUGGCCAGCCAAUCAACUACAACAUUGUCAAGCCGCAGCUGCCGGCUAAUAUCAUC